AUGGACGAGCUACCGGACCUCAGAGACCUCGAGAAUAAACUGGGCCGUAAAGUUCCGGAGAGUCUGAUGCGAUCAUUUACAGGCCGAUCUGAGGUCAGAUCUACAGAAACACACGCUCGCGAUCUACACACGCUCAACAGUAAAAUCAUCUUCCUCAGACAACAGAUGGCUCACCUCCGCGCCAUUGACGUCAAACUGAUGCAACAGCUGCUGUCAAUCAACGAGGGAAUCGAGUCCAUUCGCUGGGUCAUGGAGGAGAGAGGGGGCGUGGCCAGCCGGGAGAGCAGCUCGACGGGCAGCUUGUACAGCCUAUCAGACAGCCAGGACGCCUCCCAGCACGGAAGCUGCAGCGAUGGAUUGGACGGUAUUUCAGUGGGCAGUUACCUGGACACGCUGGGCGAAGAUGACCCGGAUCGUUCCUCGCCCUCAAACCUGCUGGACGGUUUCAAUGGCAAAGCUGUUAUUGAAGAGGAGAUGUUUACGAAAACUUCUCUACGACCUCGCGUUGACACGGAUGAGUACUACUGCUUCGCAUAA